AUGCAACAGGACCAGACCACGCUGGCAGACGUGGAGGCGACUCUGCAGCCGUACGUGGGCGGCCUGCGGCUGCUGGGCCAGUGGUCGCUGCCCGGUGGCGGCCGGCGCCUGGCCACGCUGUGCGCCGUGCUGCUGGCACACGGCCUCCUCAUAACCACCUCCUGCCUCAACCUCCUCAUGGACCCCCCGCGGGACCUGCAGGUGCUCACCGUCAACGCACACUCCACGCUCACCAUACGGGGCCUCGCUGUCAAGGUGGUGUCGUUCUCGCUGGACGGGGCGCGCCUGCGAAAACUGCUGCAGCUCCUGGGGGAGGCGCGCGCAGCCUUCCCGGACUCGGCGGCGAGGCGGCGCCGCUACGGCGACAUCGGGUUCCGCCUCUACAUCUUCCUGCAGGUGUCGCACGUGGUUUGCUACAUCUCGUGGGGCGUGGCGCCGCUACUCAGCUCUGCUGUGGCCCCAGCGACCAAUGGCAGCUCCUACGAGAACCGGGGCCUCCCCGUGGCCGCGUGGUUACCGGGAGUGGACGUGAGGGCCUCCCCCACCUACGAGGUAGUCUACGGCCUGCAGCUGUUGUUCACCACCCUGACCACGCAGUCCACAGUGUUUCUGGACAGCACCCUGCUGGCACUCAUGCUGCACCUCACUGCAGAGCUGGAGGUCCUCAACGACAACAUGGCUGCAGUCCAAGUAUCUGCUGAGGUGGCAAUAAACAGUUAUCGACACGGCAAUGAUGGUGACACCAAAACAAGUAAAAUGAACAGACAGAUCAAAACAAGUGGAGAUGGCAGCACAGAGGAGCAGAUGUAUGAGAAGAUAGUGGAAAAUUUGCUACAAGAAACUAUGGAUCCGGUGGAGACCAUCAAACUACUGACUGGUUUCUCUCUCUUCGCCUAUCAGACAGCGUUAUUCUGCCUCGUCGGGCAGAGGAUCAUAGAUCAGAGCGAGCGCCUGGUGCACUCGGCCUUCAGCUGUGGCUGGCCGGACGGCGACGGGCGCUGCAAGCAGCUGCUGCUCGUCUUCUGCCUGCGUUCUUGCAGAGCCGCCAGCCUCAAGGUCGGCCUGCUCUACCCGCUGUCCAAGGACAUGGUCAUCCAGGUGCUGCACACUUCGUACACGCUGUUCAAUUUCCUGUACCACACGGAGCGUGCGAGAGCGUCACUGGAUUGA